UAGCGGGGCGGUGUUAGCAUGGCUGGGAGCUGGUGGGCAAGGCUGCAGGCUGGGGGGAUGCUGCUGGCCGUCCUCGGGUGGGUGUCCUCCUGCGUCACCACCUUCGUGCCUCUCUGGAAGAACCUCAACUUGGACCUGAAUGAGAUGGAGGUCUGGACCAUGGGGCUCUGGCAGGUCUGCAUCAUCCAGGAGGAAGGAGCGGUAGAAUGUCGAGCCCACGGCUCCUUCCUGGCGCUGCCCCCCGAGCUGCGCAUCUCCCGCCUCCUGAUGUGCCUCUCCAACGGGCUGGGGCUGUUGGGGGGCCUCCUGGCUGCCCUGGGGCUGGAGGGCUGGAGAGCCUGCGAAGACAGACCCCGGCUCAAGCGGCACCUCCUGCUCUCCGGGGGAGCGGCGUUCUGCGCGGCGGGGAUGGCCACCCUGGCACCGGUCUCUUGGGUUGCCUACAACACCGUCCUCGACUUCUGGGAUGACAGCGUCCCCGACAUCGUGCCUCGGUGGGAAUUCGGGGAGGCCACCUUCCUAGGGUGGUUUGCCGGAGCCUUCCUGGCCGUCGGCGGGCUGCUCCUCGCCUGCAGCGCCCGCUCCAUGGGGAUGGCACCGCCGCCGGCCACCGCCUGCCACCAGCUCCCCACCAUGCGGGGUCCAGCCGGGGGGCACCCCUCACACCCCAAAAACGCAGACCUUGUCAUCUAGGGACUCGGGGCGCCGUGCCUCAACGCACGUCCUGGCUCUUCCCAGUGCAGAGACGGCUCCUGCGUGUUUUCCAGGAUGGUUGGCUAAUUCCUACAGCGACCCUGUAGACCCUCUUCCUUCCUCGGUGUGUCUGCUUCCCUUUUUCUUUGGCAAGGAGCACCGGCUUUCCCCGCAGCACUCACCGAGCGAGUGUGGGAAGGCGGUGGGGCAGAAGCAGAGCAGCGGGCAGCACUUUGUGCUCCUGGUGACAUUGACGGUCGAGUCACUGAUGACGCUGCAAUCAGCAUCCCCUGCGAAUCCCCCGUAGCCGAGUCUGUGGUGGUGAAUGGCUAUGCCCCAGCGUCGCAGCUCAUUCCCUGCAUCUCCGUAUUGCUCUGAUGUAUUCGCAAUAAACGAUGGUGGGCGGUGGCAGCGGUGUUUCUGUGCUCUGAACAUCGAGCUGCAUCCCACACGAGGUGCGGCGUGAGUUGGGACGAGGGUGGGAGCUGCGAGGGGCAGUGCUGCCGCUCCAGUGAUAUCUGUCCAGGGGUGGGAAAGAGAGAAAGGUGGGAAACAAAGGGGAGAGGGCAAGCGAGAGCUGAGGUGACGCCGCAGACGGCUCCCACUGCACGGGCAGGAUCUCAGCGGCCGCAUCCCCAUGGCAUCACGGCUGGGAUGAUGGAGGUGUAAGCAUGCCACACGCCGUCGUGUCAGAAGCUCCUCAACCGCAUCGUUCACUUCUGUGCAAGAGGUGAGAAUGGUGUUUCGGUUCUCCGCAAUCACCACUUCCAGGUUUUCUCGAUUUGGCUGUUGAAAUAAAAAGCCUGCUCGCACGCCUCUGUGUGACAGCAACACGGAACAUCAGGCUGGAUUAACACCCAGAGUCCUGACAGCAGCCAGCCCGCUGCUCCAGCACUGGUUAAAACCAGAGUUCACCGCUGGUUUAAUCCCUGCAGGCUGAAAGCUGCCGGCGCGUGACCCAACUCAAGGAAGCCCCCAGCCGGCACUGGCAUUCCUGGGGGAAGCAAAGUCCACUUUCCUCCAAGAGCCCCUUUUGAAACCUGCCCUUUGCUCAGCUGAAGGGGAGAGAAAAGGAGCAGGGUAGGGAGAGAGGCGAGCUGAUCGCAGGUGUUCCCAACCCUGCUGGGGCUUGGGG